CUGCGUAAGUCAACUUUGGGAGGGAAAGUGAGUUAAAUAGUACUUAAAGCAGGUUAUAUCCAUUCUUCUAUCACAUUACAUGUACAUUAACAUCACUUACCUACAUUAAAUUACAAUAUAAAAAUAUGAUCAAGCUUUUCUUUUUAAAUUUUUUACGACGCCUACAAUAGUAUCUAAAUAAUCCGAAAGAUUGCAUUACUGAGUGGAGCCACUGGGCAGUAUCAGUGCCCCACUCCGUACUCCGCACUUUGCAAAAAUGACGUUCUAAUAUUAUACAUUUGACUUAAAUCUCAAUUGUAUCGACUGUCGAAUCUUGCGUCGCAACUGCGCAGACGAUAAUUUCAAUGUUUACAUUGUUAAAACUAUAAAACUAACCUACGAUCUACAACAAAUUACAAAGAUGGGUCCGGACAAAAAGCUAACUGAUUCAACGCCAGCAGCUUUCAUCGAACGGAAGAAAAAAUUAUUUGAUGUUCUACACGAUGCAGAAAAGUCACUGAAUAAACACAACAAUCAUACAAACUCGAGAGUACCAAAAAUUGAACAGCUUAAAAUUUCUGGUAAUAAUGUAGAAAUUAGUAAUGGUGGAAAGAAUAGAAUUCAUGGCUAUCGAGGUCGUCAGAGCAUAUAUAACCGUCCUGAGGGACCCGCUCCUCGUGCUAAUAUAAGAACAAUCCCAGACUAUCGCAUUAAUCCAGAUAAAUGGACAUGUUACAGCUUGAAUGAUGUAUCAGAUAUAUCUAAUGACAGUAAUCGUGCUGCAGCCUUUUCUUUCUUGAGUGAAUUGAAGAAUAGAAAAAAUAAUGCUCACAGUUCAAACGACAAUGGUAGAAAAAAGCUUAAAUCUGCACCUUUGAAUGAAGUGUCUAUAUUGAAUAUGGAAGUUGACAACGAUAGUGUUCAAGAGGAUACAAAUUCAGGUAUAAUAACGUUUAAAAAACCAAAGAAAAAGGUUGAGAACAAUAAGCCAGAAAUUCGUCCUGAAUUUAGAAAAUCAAAAGUUAUAAUGCCCGAGUAUGAAGUGGGCACUAGAAAAAUUGAUAAAAAAAAGACAACAAAAAAGUCAAAUGUACAAAUUGAUAAAAAGAAUUUAUUGAAACUAAAUCAUCUUGAUGAAAUUGAUGAUGUAUAAAAAUCAAACUUGUAUCAUUAAUUGAUUUUCUGUAAAUAUUUUGUAAGCUAAGCAUUGUUUUAGAAUAUAACUAAGCUUAUUGUAUUAAUACAAUGGAAUCCAUUUUAGCUAGAAUUAUUUAGCAAAUGUAAAUAAAGUAGCAAUUAGAAAUUGAGUAUAAGUAAAUAAAUACUUACAUAAAAAGAAA